CGAGCUUUACGUACCUGAGCCGCGCGCGGGGAGCUGUGCGUGCGCGCCAGCAAAAAUCUUGGCUGGCGGGAUCCUCGCAAGGGGAGGUGGAGGAAGACCGGGCGGGGUGGGUGAGUCGGGGGAGAGAACUCCGCUCCUGGUUCGCUGCAAAUGUCAGAGCGAAGUAGGAGGCGUCUCAGAUGGGGAGCCUGUUUACCAGGGGAAGCCCAGCCGCAGCAGCCCCCGUUCCUUUCCCCCCCGUUCCCUCUCCUGGGUGGGUUCCGUUCCUAGCCGAUCGCGAGAAGAGCGGAGAGGCGCCCGGCCGAGACGCCACCUGCGCCCCGCGCACGUAGGACGCGGCCCUCUUUUCCCGCACACACACCCCCAACCCGCCUCCUGCCCGCGGCUUCGUGGCUGGCCGGGCUGAGAAAGGAGCCCGUCCAUGGCUGCCUCUGCGCCGCCCCGCCCGCUCCAGUACAGCGUGAGGCUGCGCUUCCUCGGCGAGGAGCAGCUCCCGGAGGGGCUCCCGCUCGGCGCCCCGAGUCCGAAGGCGCUCCGGCUGGAGGUGCAGCCGCGCGAGGGCGACGCCGCUUUGACGGUGACAGACGCUGAUGGGGUCUGUGUGUUCAAAUGCCUGGUUAACAAAGAUACAGAAUACUGCCGUGUGGGAAGAGAAUCUGUUUUGAUAACAAUUGGUUACAACAGUGCCUUACUGCAGUUCAGGUCACAUUCUGAAUAUAGCCUGUUUUCUACUGCUCUGAAGAAUUGCAGGAAUCAGACAAAGGAGCACUCCGUGUUCAAUCAGAGAACAGAAGAAUCCUCUGCAGCUCAGUAUUUUCAGUUUUAUGGCUGCUUGUCGCAACAGCAGAAUAUGAUGCAAGAUUUUGUGAGGACAGCCACAUAUCACAGAGCAAUACUACAGAACCAUAUUGAUUUUAAAGAUAAGGUGGUCCUAGAUGUUGGCUGUGGAUCAGGAAUCCUUUCAUUUUUUGCUGUCCAAGCUGGAGCUAGAAAAGUCUAUGCUGUUGAAGCCAGUGCAGUGGCAAAAUAUGCUGAGAUUCUAGUGCGAAGUAACAAUCUUGUUGACAAGAUCAAUGUUCUGUCAGGAAAAAUUGAGGAAAUCUCCCUGCCUGAGAGCGUAGAUGUUAUCGUUUCUGAACCCAUGGGCUACAUGCUUUUCAACGAAAGAAUGCUAGAAAGUUACCUCCAUUCUAAGAAAUGGCUGAAGUCAAAUGGAAUGAUGUUUCCAACAUUUAGUGACAUUCAUUUGGCUCCUUUUUCCGAUGAACAGCUCUACAUGGAACACUACUCCAGAGCCAAUUUUUGGUACCAGCAGUGUUUUUAUGGAGUCAAUCUGUCUAGUCUCCGCAAUGCAGCUGUGGAUGAAUAUUUCAGGCAGCCAAUUGUAGACACAUUUGACAUUAGAAUUUUAAUGGCCCGGACAGUGAAGUACACUGUCAACUUUAUAGAGGCUGAAGAAGAAGAUUUACACAGAGUGGAAAUCCCCUUUGUUUUCCAGAUGAUGCAGUCUGGUCUAAUCCAUGGCUUGGCAUUUUGGUUUGAUGUGGCAUUUGUUGGCUCACUGUUGACAGUUUGGCUAUCAACUGCUCCAACAGAACCCCUGACUCACUGGUAUCAAGUCCGUUGCCUUCUUCAGACUCCUCUCUUUGCCAAGGAAGGGGAAACACUUUCAGGAAAAGUCCUGUUUGUAGCAAAUAAACGGCAGAGUUAUGAUAUCCAGAUUGUGGCUGCAGUGGAUGAGACGGGUUUUAAAUCAGGCAAUAUCCUUGAUUUAAAGAAUCCAUUUUUUAGGUAUGCUUAGAUUAUAUGCUGUACAUCUGCUGGAGGAACUGCCAGGAUUUUCACAUCUACCAAGUAGCCCUUGAUGAGUUACAGAGGAGAAUACUGGACAUGCUGCUGCUUCUGUGAAAUUGAUUUGUAUGUAAUGAAAGGUAUUGCAAAUUAUAUACAAAAUUAUUUGUGUAUUUUUCAAACCAACAUCUCAACCCUAAAACAAGUACCGUAUUUUUCGCUCCAUAAGACACACCUUUCCAUAAGACGCACCAAUUUUUAGGAGAAGAAAACAGAA